AUGGGGAGUAAUGUUGUGUUUCUGUUAUUGAUCGUGUCGCUUCCGGUCCUUGUUUGUCUCCACCUGCUCGUUGCUCCAUACACCAAGGUGGAGGAGUCGUUCCAUAUACAGGCUGUACAUGAUAUUCUGAAAUAUGGCAUUCCCACGGGUGAUGUCUCUGGUAUCCUAGCGCAUUAUGAUCAUUCGACGUUUCCAGGAGCGGUGCCUCGGACCUUUGUCGGCUCUGUUGUUUUGGCCGGGCUGUCACAGCCGUUCAUCUGGCUGAAUGAGAAGAUCGAUAAGCAAGCUCUCGCUCGAGGUAUCCUAGGCCUGUUCAAUGCCGCGUCGCUGAUCUCGUUCGCGCUCGGCGUACGGCGAGCGUUCGGAAAGACUACGGCCAUUUGGUAUCUGCUGUUCCAAGCGAGCCAGUUCCAUAUCAUCUACUAUGCCUCGAGGACUCUCUCCAACAUGUUCGCCUUUGGCAUCACUACAUUGGCAAUGCGGGCUCUUCUCCCAGAACCUGUAGCCUCAGAUGUCUACAGGAAGAGAUGUCGAGUGGGGUUGUUCCUGUUGACGAUAGCUGGCAUCAUUUUCCGCUCCGAGUUGGCCCUAUUGCUGGCUGCGCAUACACUGUUUCUCUUUGCUACGGGUCGUAUCCGAAUCGCACAGGAGAUCAUCCCGGCGGGAGCUCUGGGACUUGUGGUUGGACUUGCCAUCACUGUGCUGGUGGACUCGUUCUUCUGGCAGCAGUUCCCGUUGUGGCCAGAGCUCGCUGCCUUCAAGUUCAAUGUCAUCUCGGGACAAGCCUCCGCUUGGGGAACGCACCCGUGGCACUUUUAUUUCAGCAGCGCCAUCCCGCGCCUGCUGCUGAACCCCUUGACCUAUCUCCUCGCACUCCCCUUCGCCCUCACGCACCCAUCCACCCGCUCUUCCGCAGCGUACAUGAUUAUCCCAUCACUUGCCUUUGUCGCCAUAUACAGCGCCCAACCGCACAAGGAAUGGCGUUUCAUCGCAUACACAAUCCCGCCAUUAACAGCCGCCGCUGCCCAGGGCGCUUCCUACAUCUGGACGCACCGCACAAAAUCCAACGUCUACCGUCUACUCUCCCUCGCCCUAAUAGCUUCAACAGCCGCUUCAUUCCUCCUCUCGAACUUUGUCCUCCUGCCCGCCUCAUCAGCAAACUAUCCCGGCGCUCGCGCGCUCAACGUCCUCCACAGCCGCGCUGACAACACCAAACCCGUCAUCAACGUCUACCUCGGCAACCUCGCCUGCCAGACAGGCGUCACCAGAUUCCUGGAGAUGCCUCCUCCUCAGAUCUCCAUGGAAACCGCGCAAAGCAGCGAGCCCGCCGCCCUCGAGAGCGCGGGUUCAGGUUCAGGCUCAGUCUGGCGAUACGACAAGACAGAAGACGAGACCGCCAAGGCUUUCCCUCCCUUUUGGAAACGGUUCGACUACGUGCUUAUCGAGCCGAGCGAGGAGAAGAAAGUCCGGAGGGCAUCGGGCCGGCCUCAGAGCUGGGAGGAGGUCGAGGUGAUCAAUGGAUUCGCGGGGCUGAGGGUCCUGCGACCUGGUGAUGAGGCUACUGGGCAGCUGGAGGAGCGGGUCUCCGGCCUCGUGCUUGGUCCCGAGGGUGCUCGAUACUGGACGACGGUUAGGGAUUAUGCUCGGAAACAUGUUACGCGCGGGUGGUGGGCGGAGUUGAGGAUGGAGCCCAAGAUCAAGAUCCUGCGGCGCAUUAGGUGA